AUGAAGCUCAAAAGUUAUUUUUCAUGGAAAAAUUUCCUCCCGAAUUGCAUCACACCCCAGGUGCCAUCCUCAGGUCUAAAAGUUCAUCCUUCCAAACGAAGUUCCAGCCAAAGGGUAUCACUCUCUGAUAUUAGCCACUGUGACUCCCCACUGUUGCUAAGUGAUCUGUCGAAUUCGCUUGUAAGCCUUCAUGUCUUUACCCUCAAGGAGCUCCAACCGAUAACUCACUUCUUCUCCAAAAGUAAUUUUUUAGGUGAGGGCGGGUUUGGAUCUGUUUACAAAGGGUUCAUUGAUGACAACCUCAGGCCUGGUUUGAAGGCGCAAUCUGUUGCUGUGAAGGUCCUUGAUCUGGAUGGCACACAGGGGCAUAAAGAAUGGCUGGCCGAAGUUAUUUUCCUGGGGCAAUUAAAGCACCCCCACCUGGUGAACUUAAUUGGAUAUUGUUAUGAAGAUGAACAAAGGCUUCUGGUAUAUGAACACAUGGAACGUGGUAGCUUGGAAAAUCAACUAUUUAAAAGAUAUGGUCCACCAUUGCCUUGGCUAACAAGACUGAAAAUUGCUGUUGGAACUGCGAAAGGCCUAACUUUCCUCCAUGAAGAAGAGAAACCAGUUAUAUACCGAGAUUUCAAAACUUCAAACAUUUUAUUAGACUUGGCUUAUAAUGCAAAGGUCUCUGACUUUGGAUUGGCAACUGACGGUCCAGGAGAAGAAGAAACUUAUGUUACGACUUGCGUCAUGGGCACCAAAGGUUAUGCCGCCCCCGAAUAUAUAUCAACAGGGCAUUUGACAACUAUGAGCGAUGUGUUCAGCUUUGGAGUAGUACUUCUAGAACUGCUGACAGGGAGACAAUCUGUGGACAAGACUCGACCUGCUCGAGAGAAGAACCUUGUGGAAUGGGCAAGGCCCCUUUUGAAGAACCCUCAUAAACUCCACCUAAUAAUGGACCCGAGACUCGAAGGACAAUACUCAACCGAGGGGGCUAGGAAGGCUACUGCAUUAGCCUAUCAGUCUCUUAGCAACUACCCCAAAUCUAGACCAACUAUGCGCAACGUGGUCAAGGCAUUACAGCCUCUCCUUGACUUAACCGACAUCCCUAUCGGCCCCUUUGUUUACAUAGUCCCAACUCAAGACAACGAGGUACCAGUCGUCCAGAAGAUUGAAGAAAGAUAUGCGAAGCAAUGCAAUGAAGUAAAAAUUGAAAAGAAUGAUGUAGAGAAACAAGAAAAGGAAGAGAAAAGUCAAAUCCCUUGCCGAAAAGGUCGAACGCAUAGACGUCGGGUUAAACAUUCAAGGUCUCGAGCUAUCUAUUCAGACACGGACUUGUACAAAACUCUGGGGUCUAGUUUGUAUACUCCCAAGCACUAGAUAUACCAAACGUUUAAUCACUGUGUACACUAAGAUUUUGG